AUGUGUUACCUUUAUGUCAACAUCAAAACCAUCGUUGUCGACUUAGACAACUGUCUACCCAACAGUGUGCUUCCAACGUUCUCGAGCAACAGACGUGUCGCCGUGUCCGAUAUGAUGCGCAAGGUUGGUGCUAUUGUGCUGUGCUUGGUUUUAUCCUUCUUUCCUCACCUGAUCAAUGGGCAGAGUAAAAAGUGUGCCUGUAGCUUCAACUUACAAGAAGCAACUUCAAUCGGCUUUCUUCCCGAAUACGUUCCCAUGGAGAUCUGCACGCACGUGAUCUUCAAGUGGUUUCGCUUUCCGCGGUUCGUCGCUCGUCAAAUGCUGUUCGAUGACGACGACAAGAUAGCGUUCUCCCAGCUUGUGACGAGCGUUCGGAAGCGCUCGAGGUCGGGACGUGUGGUGGCAUCGAUCAACGGCACGGGAACGGACUUUUCCAGAGCAUCAGAAACGACUGAUCUAAGGCGAGCGUUUGUACAAGCCGCAUCAACGUUGCUGCUCGAGCUGGACGCCGAUGCGAUCGAGCUCAACUGGGAGCGACCCGGCAACCAAUACGGUGGCAAAGGAAUUGCAACCGAUCGGCGUACGAUGGUGACACUGCUGCAGGAUCUGCGGCAGGUGGUGAACGCGGCCAGCAGCCUCAUCAAAGGACGCCCUCGGGAGCUAUGGAUCCGUGGAUCAAUCCAUCCGAAUUUGAUCUCUUCGUUCUACAACACCUUUGACGUGUGCAAUCUGGUCGAUCAGGUGACGCUCGAUGCGAUUUGGAGCGGAUCGCUAUCACAUGCACCGGUCCAUAAUUCGAGAGUGACUAUUUACCAUAGAGAGUUUGGAUUUUCCAGCAAAAUCAAAAUCGGAGAUGGUCUUACGGGUGCAACACAGACGUGGAUCGACAACGGUUGCCCUCCGAAGAAAGUCCUGCUCGGCGUUGGUUUGCAUGGUUUACUGAACACGGUAUUAUCGCACAAAAUUAAGUUCUUUGGGGACGAUUUCUUUAAAUGGGGCUCAGGUGACAUGAAACGAAUGGCCUAUUCAGAGCUCUGCCAGAGCCUGCGACAACCGGGAUGGUCUUUUGGAUGGGACCAGGAAGGUUUGACACCGUACGCCACCAGAUCGCUCGACAACGACCAGUCAGAGCGGCUCAGCUACGAGAACGUCAGCUCGCUGCGCUACAAGAUGGAUCUGGUCGAGCAGAAACGGCUCGGAGGUGUCUACGUGGACAAUAUUCAUUCGGACGACAUCUACGGCAGCUGCGGGCAGGCUUACCUACUCUCCAGCUACAUUGCGUCCCGUUUGCAAGCUAUACCGUCCGAUAUUGGGUUUGCCAUCGAAUGGAACUAG